AUGUUCGGAACGAACUCUGCUUUCACAAAGAGGCGAAGGGCUAGUGAAUUUGAAGGUUGCCGGCUCUCCUUGAUUGAGCGAAUCAACGUCGAUWCCGCCAGUAGAUGGUUACAAGCACAAAAAGAAGCAGCCUUGUGGAGAGCCGAGUGUCUUGUGGGACAACGUCUUCUUAAUUGUACUGUACUUGUUGCAGACGGCGUACAAUAUGUGGAUGCUGCAAGCCGUACGGCAAUGUUCCACUUCACCGGGCCUYAGGCAGUUUGUUCAAGUUCAAGCGAAGUCAUGUCUUCUACUAUUACCUACCUAAUUUCCCUUCUUCCCACAGACAUGUCUAAUCAAAGCAUAGCAGUUCUGCACCUCACCAUUAUGUACACGUCCUACCACAACCCUAACCCUAACCCACUAGCGAUUGGAACAACACCCAGCUUCACAUCACGCAGAUCUUUCUUCGUGGCUCUUUCGAAUCGAAUUCAUCAUCGCCAAAUCUCGAACGUAUCCUCUCCUUCUACACCACACCAUCGUCUCAGCAGUAAAUGGCAGAGCACGAUGGCAUCCAUCCGGAUGCUCUCCCAUAGGCUCCAACGCUGUCCAUAUAAGAAGACCAUCAACACAACAUCGCCCACGACUGCCCUCUCCAUGGCAUAG